AUGGCGCAUCUCUCCCCGAUUCUGAAAGUGAAAGUCGACGAACUGUUUCUAAGAUGGCUGUCUAUGCCCGAAACGCAACGGGUUCUUAGAAAUGAUUUGAACAAGUUAAUCCAAGGCCGACCUCUGUCGCCAAGGCAAUUGUCAAGUCCUGGUUCGGCUAAUGCAAUAGGCGGUGCUUCCAGGCCCAUUUCGCCCCCGGCUCCGCCAACCAGCUCUCCGAAUCAAUUAUUGCGGUCACCGCGAAGCCCUCGAGAACGAUCUUUUCGAAGACCAGGGUCUAAAUCGCCUCCGCGUUCUCCUAGGUUAGAGAACAAUGAAGGAACGAAGUAUCCGAUGAAGGAUAAACAUUUAAUUUUGAAUAAUGUGAGAAUCUUCCAAGGGUGCGCUGCACACUUGCCGCAGUUUCAUUUCCCGCUUGGAAAGCCAGAAGAUUCUACAUCAUGUGAAAUAACGUUGUCCAAGGUCGCUCAGAUAUUCAAACUGUACAAAAGCGGUAUUCCAAAAGAAGAGUUUGGACCAGUGGCAAAGGCUUGUGGUUUACCACUUUACUGGCGCGAACCUCUGUUUUUUGCAGCUGGAGGACAUAAACAUGGCUAUGUAACUUUACCCAUGUUUAAUGCUAUGUGGAAAAGUUUAACAUCUAAUUGCCAUGAUGAUGCAUCAAGAUUUGUGCGACUUCUGAGUGCUAAAAACUCUCAAAAUUACCUUGUUUCAGAAGACUUUAUUCCCCUCCUGCAGGACAUUGUGGAAACACAUCCUGGUUUGGAGUUUCUACGUGAUGCUCCUGAUUUUCACUCCAGAUACAUCCAUACUGUUAUAGCUAGAAUAUUUUAUUGUGUAAAUAGUUCAUGGACAGGACGCAUUACGGUUCCAGAACUGAGGAAUAGCAAUUUUUUAGAAGUUUUAGCCCGACUUGAAGAAGAAGAGGACAUUAAUGAGAUCUUGGACUACUUUUCUUAUGAACAUUUUUAUGUAAUUUAUUGUAAAUUCUGGGAGCUGGAUUCUGACCAUGACCUGCUGAUUGAUGAGAAAGACCUAAUGAGACAUAACAACCAUGCAUUAUCAUCCAAAAUAGUGAAAAGACUGUUCUCUGGGUGUGUCACACGAGGUCCCACUUACAUGGAGGGCAAGAUGACUUAUCCAGAGUUUGUUUGGUUUCUUCUUUCUGAAGAGGACAAGAAACAUCCAAGAAGUAUUGAGUACUGGUUUCGCUGUAUGGAUUUAGAUGGAGAUGGUGUACUGUCCAUGUAUGAGUUGGAGUAUUUCUAUACUGAACAAAUUUCCAAAAUGGAUGUCCUGGGCAUAGAGACAAUGCUGUUUGAAGACUGCCUAUGUCAGAUGUUGGACAUGGUGAAGCCUAAAACUCCAGGAUGCGUAACGCUGAGUGACCUAAAGAAUUGUAAACUGGCUUACAUUUUCUUCAACACAUUCUUCAACUUGGAUAAAUAUCUGGAAUACGAACAGAGAGAUCCUUUUGCUGCAGCGAGGGACUUGCAAGAUGGCGAUGUUAACGAAAGGUCAGACUGGGAGAGAUAUGCACAAGAAGAAUAUGACUUACUGGUAGCUGAAGAAGGAGCCAAUGAACAGACAGAAGGCUUAUACGAAGAUGACUUUGACGAAGACGAAGAUCUGGCCGAAGGAGAUAUCAUGGCGCUGAAAGGACUUGAAAACGACGAUGAUCUUGGUACGGGAAACAACAAUAAAAAUAAACCCUGGACAAUGGUCACCGGAAUAGAUGAUGACGUGGAUGAUGAUGAUGAUGACGAUGACUUUUAUUGAGUAAACUACGUUUACAAAGAAGAGUCCGACAAAUAGAGAGUUCUCUUAGAUCCGGUCGAAGCUGUCCGAAGCGCUUCCCUGAGAGGGGCCUUGGGGCAUCAUUUUGCUCAAAAUGGUAAAUGGGCCCAAUUCCUAGUACAUAACUAGUAGGCAGUUGUUAAACGAAGAAGGACGUGCUCCGACGGUUGUCCCUGUUAAAAUAACGUUUUCAUCGGUAACAGAAUAGGUGAGUUACUAAGGAAUUCGAAGGGCCCAUUAAGGUACACUGUGGUGACCGCGGAACGUGUCCCCUUAAAGAUGUCACCUUCCUUAAUGUGUUGAGGGCCACAGAGCCGUGACCUCUCCAAAGAAGUUUCCUACGGUCCUAGAGUGUGAGGUUCAAUUUUAGUAUUCAAUGGUAUUGUUUUGAGGUUUAUUCUUGUAAGUAAAUGAAGCCCUGAAAUUUGUGCGGCAUAGUUAGAAGGGAAUUUUGUGAGCUUGGCGGUGUAUCUAGAGUUUAUAGAUCUGUUUGUACUAACGAGAAAGUAAUUAAAAAAGUAUCAAUCGAUUUUAAGAGA